AUGACCAUGAGUUCGGUGGCCGAGAGCCUGUUGGGACCCGACCCCUCCAAAGCCUCUUUCCUGGAGCUCGGUCACCCCUCGCCCCCCCAUUACCCGCUGCACGGUCUCCAUCCCAGCGGACACCCCCAGCACGACCCUUCUUCACCUUUCGCUUCUUACGGCCGGCCCGGGCCCUACCCUUACCCCACCGCUGCCCCCCCGGCUCCCCCCGGAGGUCCCUACCUGCCCUACCCGCCCCCCGGCUCUCAGCAUCCCCCGGCCGGGCUGGCCCACGGUUCCAGGCUGCAGGACGCAGAGCAUGAGAAGCCCCUGACCCUCUCCAACGGGGACCUGCGCCUCAACGGCAAGGGGAAGAAGCUCCGCAAGCCCCGCACCAUCUACUCCAGUUUGCAGCUCCAGGCUCUCAACCAACGUUUCCAGCAAACCCAGUACCUGGCGCUGCCGGAACGCGCCGAGCUGGCCGCCCAACUGGGGCUGACCCAGACCCAGGUCAAAAUCUGGUUCCAGAACAAACGCUCCAAGUACAAGAAGAUCAUGAAGCAGGGCUCCAACCUGCCUGAUGGGGACCACCUCCCUACCACCACCUCCCUCUCCCCCUGUUCCCCCAAUAUCCCCCCGCUCUGGGACAUCCCCGUGCCAGCCAAAGGGACCCCCCUGGCUCCCAGCAGCUACAUCAACAGCUUUGGAGCCUGGUACCAACCUCACCCACAGGACACCAUCCCCCGGGCACCCAUGAUGUGA